AAAAGCUCACUUUCCGAGACAUAGUAUCUCCACAAGAAUUCAGGAAGGGAGAAGAUGCAGAAGUUGUUUGCCAUGUUACUAGUUCACCUGCUCCUGUUGUCAGCUGGUUGUAUCGGAAUGAGGAAGUCACAACUAUUGCUGACAAUCGAUUUGCAGUAUUAGCAAACAAUAAUCUCCAAAUUCUUAACAUCAAUAAAAGUGAUGAAGGAGUAUACAGAUGUGAAGGAAGAGUGGAAGCAAGAGGAGAAAUUGACUUUCGGGACAUAAUUGUUGUUGUGAAUGUUCCUCCUGCAAUUACUCAGCUGCAGAAAUCUUUUAAUGCCACUGCAGAUCGAGGAGAGGCAAUAACUUUGUUCUGCAGAGCCAUUGGAUCACCUCCACCUGAAAUCAGUUGGUAUAGGAAUGGUAAACUUAUAGAAGAAAAUGAAAAAUAUAUACUGAGAGGAAGCAAUAUGGAACUAACAAUAAGAGAUAUAAAGAAUAUUGAUGCAGGUCCUUAUAUCUGUAAUGCUAAAAACAAAGCAGGAAAUGAUAGAAAACAGACAUUCCUUCAAGUUUUUGUACAGCCUCAAAUAAUACAACUUAAAAAUGAAACCACGUUUGAGAAUGGGAAAGCUACUCUCAUCUGUGAAGCAGAAGGAGAACCUACCCCAGAGAUUACUUGGAAAAGGGCCAUUGAUGGAGUAACUUUCUCUGAAGGGGACAAG